GUAUCGAUUGUAAUCAUAUGACUGCUCAUCUGGGCGUAGUGAGCACAGUUAAAUCACUUCUUCCAGCUCCAAACACAAUAAAUCGUGCAUUUUGCGACACUCGACAAUAGUUGGAAGUAGUAAUCAUACAAAUUAAAUAAUGAAGAAAAUCUGUGGUCCCAAGUACGCCCUGUGCGGCCUCAUCAUCUCUGCCUGGGGCAUCAUUCAAUUGCUUCUCAUGGGUAUCUUCUUCUUCGUGAAAAGUGUAGCCCUCAUCGAGGAUCUUCCACUGGAAGGAAAAAAAUUCAAUUCUCCACACGAAUUCUACAUGGCAGCUGACUGGGGUUAUCUUCAGAAUGCCUACAAUUGCUGGAUUGCUGCCUGCAUUUACGUAUUAACGUUUUUACUUUCUGGGCAUCAAUUUUAUGUCAAUUCCAGAACAUCCCUCAGUGUUUAAAUUAACAACUUUAGGUUUAUCGCUAGAUCACUUUCGAGAUUUAUGGUGAAUGCUAUCGUUUGAUAUUCGAUGAGAAGAUGAAGACAUUGAAACAGAAAAUGUAAUUAUCAAGAAGUUUAUUCAUCUUCCAUCGAUGAUGAUCUAGAGUGAAUCGAUUUUAUUGUUUACAAGUGACACUGAAUGAGAAGAUAUAAUUAUAAUUUGUAAAAUAUUUAAUUCGCUCCCAUGCUCUGCCUUGUAGCUCUCACAUCAACUUCUCCAAUUCCAUUCCAAAAAUGUCUAACUAAAUUAUAAAAAAUGAAGACAUUUUCUACACAAUUGGUGGUAUAUUUGUCUAUUCUGAGAUGUCCUUUAUUUGUCUUGUUAAGUGAUUGUUCAUGGAAUGUUAAAUGACUAUUCAGCAGUUUGUGUAAUCGAAAAGGGAAUUCUACAUAAUUGUCAUGGAAAACUGUAUAUUGAUACAUCUAGGAAAAUAAAUAUAGACGAUAUUAUAUUAUA